CUAUAUCCAUAUGUUGGCAAUUAUGUAUUGCAAUGUUAUACUUUGAAUCAAUAUAUUUCACAGUUAACACAGUUACAUAUUUUACCAGCUAAACCCAAAGGUAAAGUCGACCUAAAUCCUGUAUGUUUGUAUGUUCAUAAAGAAGGGCAAUUUCUCUUUAAAAAUGCUCUAACAGAAGUAUCAAAUAUUGAUCAUAUAACAGAUAUUAGCCUAGAUAUUAAAGUGAAACAAUUUGCUUCUACCCCUAACAUGGAGUGUGCUCCUGUGACUCAUAGUUUUGAUUCUUGUGCUGAAAGAUUUAUGUCUUCAGAUCUUGCAGGAGAUCACUGUGAGCUCUUUCUCAUUAAAGGAAGAAACAAAUCAACACUUUGCAAAUCAAAGAAAGAUUAUGAGAAAACCUUGAGACUAUUCCAAACAAGCCUUGUUAAUUGCCAAGAACCUUGCAAUCAAAUAGAGGUUAGUUUAAGAGAAAACCCAGUUGACUGGUUGUACAUUCUGAUGAACCCUCAGUUUCCUGUUAAAACAGUUAUCCCAGGAUACUAUUUGAAACUCCCCUCUAAAGUGCUAGCUUCAGAAAUGUAUGAAAGUUACACUAGUUUUUCUUUCAUUGCUGAAUUUGGAGGCUGGGUUGGUCUAUUCCUGGGAAUUUCUGUUCUUGGGGCAAUUAAAUCACUUCUACAGUUACACUCAAGUUCAGGAAAAGUUAUUAAAAAGUUGGCAAAAGAAAAACUACCAGGUGUUUUGCUUGUAUUCAAAAUGUUUUGUGCAGUUGGUUUAAUGUAUAUUCUUUAUAAAUGUUGUGAAAAACUUAUAACUGGAGAAAAGCAAUUGGAUGUUAACUUGGUUCAGAAUCCCUCUAUAAAUAUUAGUUUGUCAUUGUGCUCAAUGGAAAAUAUUUAUAAAGUACCUUUUAAAGGUUCUAAUCAUUCUUAUAUUGGUAACCAUUCAGACUUUUGGCUGAAGUCCACAAAUCUAAGUAAAAAACUUCAAGCAAUGACAGUUGUUUUUCAAAAUGGAGAAAGUCUUCUGGUUUUUCACUCUGAAAAAAACUUAAAACAUCCUAAUUACAUUUUUGGUGUAAUAAAUACUCCAAAGUAUGGAACUUAUAUAGAAAGCUGUCAUUUUUUAAACCUGAACGCCUGGAGCAGCAUCAAAACUAUUGAGCUUGAAACUAAUGAAGAACUGUCUAUUGAUUUUCAUAUGGCAGGCCAGCUUCUUAGACAUGGAAAACAAGGAUAUAAUUUUAUCAACAAAUAUUCAGUUUCUUUUAGGUACAGGUUAUUCUUAAUUCUGCCAGGAAGUAUUGAGCGUUUUCAUUUUUAG